AUGGCUUUUGGAUAUAAACCUGGUGGUAUGUGGCCGAUCGAGAACCUGAAAGAUCCAGGUGUGGUAUAUGCCGCAAAAUUCGCAGUGAAAGAGUAUAAUAAGAAGGCUAAUACAACCUUACAGUUUGUAACUGUAAUCAAGGGAAAACAACAUACGGUUGCAGGCUCUAUAUACCAUCUAUUGAUCUUAGUUAGACAGAAAAGCACAACAUCUCCCGAAAAGUAUGAAGUAGCAAUUUCGGAUAGACCGUGGGAGACAAAGGGCGGUUUCAAGCUUGAAUCAUUUAAAAAGCUAUCAAAGUUAAUUUGGAUAGAUGGUUUAAAUAAUUAG